AUGCAAGUAGAUUGUGAACUUGUCUGCAAACCGGUAGAUCUUAACUGGGACACUAGAAGUGCAAAACAUGCUAAGCUAGAUGCCAAAGCAAGCAAGGAGAAUCAACCAGAUAAUGAAGCCGAGUCGGAAGAUAUUCCUGCAACAUAUGAAGAAGCAGAUAUAAUUGACCCACCGUGCCCUACUUCCCCCAAGCCGGCUCCAUUUGUUCCUCCUCCCAUGCGUUUAGGGCGUACUUGCAAAUAUCCAAAGAAGCACAUUGAUUUUUUGCUAAACUCAUCAAUGUGUGUGCCUCACAUGCCUCCUCUAGUUCCUUGUGUCUGUCCUCCGCCCAGGCGCGCACUUCCACGCAAGCCAACUCCUGAGCCGGCGGCUCUAUUGUUUGAGCCCACAGUUGUCCAAACUCUGCCAAAUGAGUUUGGGAUGUACCGUGAAUAUUUGACCUUUCCUAAAAAGAAGGAUAAUGAUUUUGAAGAACUCAACACACUCUGCAAUGUACCGGGGUUAGCAAUCUCUUUGCCAAAAGAAUUGGGUUCUUGA